AGCAAAUUGGGAUCUAAUGAAAAGGGGGGAUUUGUUAGGGUUUCGAAGUUGCUCCCCUCUCCCGCUUUCCCUGGUUCGCUACUCCCCUUUCCCCACAGUAGAACAACCGAAAAAUCAUGGCCGCGGAGGAGGCGCCGCCGCCGGCUCUGAACUACAUACCGGAGGUGGUGUUGAAGAAGAGGAAGAACAACGAGCAAUGGGCAAUCAGAAGGAAACUAGAGGCACAAGAGAGGGCUAAACGCCUUAAACCUGAGAGCUUGUUCAUCAAGAAGCCCGAGCAAUUUAUCCGAGAAUAUCGGGAUAAGGAGUUGGACCUCAUUCAAAUGAAGAGUAGGGGAAAGCGAAGAAGACAAGCGCCAGUGGCGGCAGAGUCCAAGCUCCUAUUCGUCAUACGCAUAGGAGGUAAAAAUGACAUGCACCCAAAAACUCGGAAGAUGUUGUACUCUUUGAGAUUGAGGAAAAUAUUCAGUGGGGUAUUUGUGAAGGCAAGUGAAGGGAUGAUGGAAAUAUUGCAAAAGGUGGAGCCUUAUGUGACCUACGGCUAUCCCAAUUUCAAGAGUGUGAAGGACUUGAUUUACAAGAAAGGUGUUGUGAAAAUUGAUAAAGAAAGGGUUCCUCUAACUGACAAUAACAUUGUGGAACAGGAACUAGGCCAACAUAACAUCAUAUGCAUAGAGGAUAUUGUGAAUGAGAUUGCAAAUGUUGGUAAACAUUUUAAGGCAGUCACAAGUUUUCUCUGCCCCUUCAUGCUGAACAAUCCAGAAAAGGCGUUGCGUGGUAAGAAGAAACGAUUUGAAGAUGGCGGGGACUCUGGAAAUCGUGAGGAUCGUAUAAAUGAGUUAAUCAGCAAGAUGAAUUAGCUAGCUUAAGGAAAAUAUAUCUUGUAAGAGAUGAAUGUUGUGGAAGUUUAUCCUUAUACUUGGAAGUCAAUCCUGGAUUUUCUGAGAUAGUAAUUCAAUUUUGGCAUCAGUUUGGCUU